GGAAGCGGCACAAACCGUGCGCAGCGCCAUCUUGGAGCGAGACUUUGCAGAAAAUACGGUGGCCGAGAGGAGCAAACUGAGUCGGCGCACGUAGUACCGAUUGACCGUAAUAGAGUAGUAGAAAAUAACAGUAAUUAUGCACGUGAAAGCAUCAUUAUUGCGUAUGCCGUCAUCAGAGAAGCUUCAUCUGACGAGAGUUACACUUACGCUGUGCACGAAUGUAUCUGUUGAUGUGAGGUGUCAGCUUUUUCCUCAGUGAUGGAUUCCCAGAAUUCCAACUUGACCUGCAUCAUAUGCCUGGAGCGUUUCCGAAUCCCUGUAACCAUCCCCUGCGGUCACACCUUCUGUCAAGCGUGCAUCACCAAGCAUUGGGACACCAAGAGCAAGUCUGAUAUCGGACCUCAGUGCCCUAUCUGCAAUGAGAAGUUUGCCACCAGGCCCAUCCUCAAGCGUAAUGUGUCCCUGUCAGUCCUGACUGAGGCUGCGAACAGCAGCAGCCACUCCUGUAGAGAGCUGCACAUGAGGGGAAGUGAAGGGGCCAGAGCCAUGCAGCUGUGUGAUCGGCACAAAAAGCCUCUGGUUUAUUACUGCAGGCAGGACAGAACAUCUGUGUGCUGUGAGUGUGGCAUCUCUACGUGCGAGAGCCAUGAGAAGGUCUUGCUGGCGGCGGAAAGGGAAACUCAAGAGCUGAUGCUGGAAAGGAAGAGUAAGGAGGUGGGGAAACUCAUUGAAGAGACGGAAAAAAGUAUGAAGGACUUGGCUGAGAACAUCAAUCAAGCCAAGGUGACUCUCCAGCAGACGUCCACCUGGGUAAAUGUCAAGUUCUCCACCCUGAUGAAAAUACUGGCUGAGAAGCAGGAGGCUACAGAGCUCUUCAUUGAGGCGCAGCAGGAAGGUGCCAUCAGUGAGGCAGAGGCUUGGCUAGCUGAACUUGAGGAGCGCUCCAAGAUGCUGAGAGAGAGCCAGGGACAGAUAGCAGAUGUACAUAGCCUUUCUGACGCAGAGCUCAUCAAGGAAUCAAUGGUCAUAGAAGUUCCACGUCUCAAGGAUAUUCCCACAGAUGUAACGCCCAACCUUCAAGAUCGACUGAACGGCGUCACAGACGUCCUGUCCAGAGUCUCCAAGCUGUUGUCUGAGGACCUCGAGAGAGCUGUGAGCACUGCCGUGGGUCUGGACAAAGAUGGUUCUCCUCAGGAUAAGAGGCCAAUCCUGGCUGUGGUUCCCAGUCCAGCUGCUCCGUGCUACCCUGGCGGGAAGGAGGGCCUCAGUGCUUACCGAUGCUCUCUGACCUUUGACCCUCGCACCGCCAACGGGCACCUGUUUCUGUCCCAGGAGAACCGGAGGGCGGAGCACCUGACCUCUGGCCCGCGACCCGUCCCAGCUCACGAAGCCCGCUUCGAUCACACCUGGCAGGUGCUCUGCUUUCAGGGCUUCACCCACGGACAGCACUACUGGGAGCUGGAGGUGUCCAAGCCCUGGGCCUACCUCGGGGUUACCUACGAGACCAUCCCCAGGAAGGAGAAGGGCAAGAGGUGCAUGGUAGGUAUGAACGAGUUGUCCUGGAGCCUGCAGCUGGACGAGCACCAGAUCAGCGCCUGGCACAACGGCCGGCGGGAAACCCUGGUCGGCCACUCGCAGCACAGCCGUAUCGGCAUGCUGCUGGACUACGAGGCGGGGACGCUCACCUACUAUGGAGACGGGCAGACCAGGCUCCACGCCUUCCACUGUGCCUUCACCCAGGAGCUGUUCCCUGCCUGCUGGAUUGGAGAGGGGGUCAGCAUCACCCUCUGCUCCACAUGAAAUGACUCAGAAAGUGAAGCUGCAAAUGGAGCUUGGUAAUAAGAAGCACUAUAAAACACGGGCACUAGCAGACUCAGAAUAGAGGAUCCCCCUUAACCUUCUAGGAGUUUUUUUUUUCCCUCUUGACACUGACUGCCUUCCUACAUUGUUCUAAACAGAAAAAACUGAUGAAUUCUCUCCUCCAAAACUGGCUCUAGCUUUGGCGUUUUCACAUCAUCAUUUACCACAUAACAGUAACAAAGGAAAAUGUCACAAAGUGAGUUUAAAGACAACACUAUUUCAUUCUGUUUUUUUUCUUCUUCUUCUCCUUUUAAGUGCUUAUGAAAUACCCUUCAAUUUUAGAUAGAUGUCUGCUUUCAGGUUGGAAAAUAACAACCCAAUAUGUCAGACUAUUGUACUCUCAGUACACACAGUGUCCUUGUUCUCCUUUUGCUAGGUAAUACACAUUUCUCACAGCAAGUGACUCAUGAAAUUCGAUCAUGAUCCAUUGAAUCCACAUACAUGCGGAGAUCAAGCUGUUGUAUGCUGUGUGAUUAUUUUUGACAGCAGAGAGGCUCAGAGAAACAGAGGAGUUGAGUGCUGUCUACUGUGUUGUUUUCAGGGUGCAGGACUACAAUUCCCCCUGCACAUGUGGCAAAUCUGGCUUGUCUUGACAAAUUUGUACAGCACUCGUCAGAUUUGACUGUGCCUGACUCUGCCAAGCUGCUUCUAUGAAACAGUCAGUCAUUUUUUUGAGAUCUGCUUUUUUGCUUCCUUGAUGAGCGGCAUGAGUGCAGUCGUGUGAGAGUUCAUGUCUGCACGGUAAAUAUGAAGCUGCAGUCAGUGGCCAUUUAUCUUUCCCUAGCUUAGCAUAAAGACUGCUAAUAGGGUGAAACGGCCAGGCUGGCUCUGCUCCAGCCAAGUGAAUCAGCCUACCAGCACCCAUAAGGCUCACUAAUAAACGUGUUGAACCUUGUUGCUUGGCAGAGAUGCCAGUUAAUCACUACACCCAUAAAUAAUCAUAACCUUGUUUGUACACUUUUGUUUAUUUAUGGUGUAAACACGAUUUAAUGUAUUAAGUAGUGAGCUUUGGUGGUGGCUUUUGUUACCUUUGGACAGAGUCAGACCAGGUGUUUCCCCAUCUCCAGUCUUUAUUUUAAGCUCAUGGCUUUAGCUUUAUAUUAAAGGUGCAGUAUAUAUGAAUUUAUACAUUUCUGGUGUUCAGUAUGACACUCUUAGCAGUGUCACUUCCAGCGGCCUAGAAACCUAUCCUCUGCACAGUGGACUAAGCUAACGAGCUUAUGGCAGCUACAGCCAUGGAUGGGUUAAGAGAGUAGUUAGCUAUUUCUCUGAUGACGUGCUGCUCUUUAUUUGUGCGGAGUGAGAAUUCAACAGUCGGCCAAUUCUUACCUUUAAGCAUCAGCAGGAGGUGGCAGCCAUGAUUUGACCUGUUUGAAUUCUCUGAAUGCUAAGGGAAGGUGCUUUAAUGCUUUCUUUGUCCUUUUCAGCACAUAGGGUACACUGGACCAUCCUUUACAAAACCUGAUAAUGCUAUCUCACAAUUCCUUAUAAAGUCUAAAUGCAGUUGGAUUUUCAUAGCACUGCGGUUCUGAAUUCUUUCCGUGAUCUCACUGCAUUUUCCUGUUAGGUCAAGAGAAAGUGUCUAGGGAAAGACAUAGGACAUAAUGCAUUUGGUAGAAGCCAUGGAACGUUAUCAUGGCACCAAUCACCUAACUCUCUGCAAGAAAUUGAAUAAGGGUAUUUUCGUAACGACUGCCUUUUUUUUUAAAUCCAACCUGAUUUCUCUAAAAUGAAGAUGGAAGUAGCUGAAACCCCACCUGAGACAUACAGUAUACACACAUAUACAUGUCAUUGCACUGUAGUACUGAUGAGAAAGAGUAGGAGACAGUUUUGCAACACUAUAAGAACACAUUUGUUGAGGAAUUGUAAAAGCAGAACCUACAAUCACUUACAUCCCACAAUAUCGCCCAAGCUGUCAGAAAUCUGGCAAUUGUACUGGUUAUACCUGAAUUUGGAAAAUUACAAUUGCAGCCUCGGGAAAGAAAAGAAAAUUUUGAAUCAUGCGUGUACAACCUCAUCUCUUGCUCAAAUUCAAUACACAGACCUCUGCAGGGCAUAGCAACCACUGACUACAGUUAAUUUCAUUAGACACCGUGUCGGUAGAAGUACAAUACCUCCUUGUUGUGCACUGGCAACAAAACAGUGUUUGAAGGCUGUAUGUCACUACUGAGAAUACAAAACCGAAAAUGGAGCAUCAUUUUUUAAUCAUCUUGGGAUCUGAGCAUGACUGCACAAACAAAUCGCCCUGUCUGUACAGUCUCAAACCUGUGAUGCUGGCAGUGUUGUGAUGGAAUCUGCUGUACUGUUCAAAUGUUUAAAAGUACUUUUGCCCUUUUUCCUUAUGAGCACUUCGAGGGCACAGCUGUGACGUUUUGGAAUGUGGAGGCACUCGGGGUUCAGGACAUUAAUUAUUCUUUGGGAAACUGCUGUGGAUUUGCACAAAUUGUCCGGAAGUGCAGACGAGGACUACUGACUCUGAGAAGGGGGGAAAAAAAGCACAUUUCCAGGCUCUUUCCCCUCCUGCUGACUCUGGAACAUGUUUGUUAACUAUACAAAUGCACUAAGCUGUGUUCAAAGUGGAAUACCCAUCAUUGUGUGACAUAAGACAUGCUCUGUGUAGAAAUAAAGACAGGUCUGUUUCACAUCAAUCAAGAUCCAUUUAAUAAAAUCAAAUCCAAUGCGUA